UAAUGUUUUUUUAAGGAUCGUGUAUUACUAAUAUGAUGGGCAUGAACGAAAAAUACGAUAGUUAUUCUAAUUUAAAGUGUAGAAUAAUUCAGUGUGUUGCAUUUUUUUAAAAAGUUCCAAACUUUGUUGAAGACGUCACUGCCUACUGAAAACUCAUGGCCACUAAUUUUGCAGGCAAUGAAAAUUUACAUUCAGAAUUAACCAAUAGUUCAUAUCGUAUUCCUCUGUCAACUGUGACAUCAAAUUUGUGGUUUGACGUGAACAGGUCCAAUGCUAACCAAGAUCUGAAGGCUAUGGAAUCUAAUUUGGUCUUUAAUCUUAGGACACUGAAUGAAACUCAAGAACUGAGUACCACUGAAUCAAAUGCAUGUUUUAACUUGAGUAGAACCAAUGCUAACCAAGAACUAAAGGCAGACUUGUAUCUUAAUAUCAACAGAUCUGAAGCUAAACAAGAGCUGAGGGAUCAGUUUCUGCAGAACAUUCCUCUAACCCCAGAGAAAUCUCAGGAACAAAAGAAAAAAACAUCAUUCCAAAUAACAAGUGUGACAGUUCAAAGGGCCAAGCUCAGCACUGAUCCUUCAGAUGAUUUUCAUCAGCAAAAUUUAGAGGUUUUAAACAGUUCAAAAAGCAUGGAUGUGGAUAAUGACCUGUCUUCCGAGGACACAACAAGUGACAGCAGUAGUAGUAGUAUCAGUACUAGUAGCAAUGAUUGUAGUAUUAGCCCUAGUACAACUAGCAGUAAUGUAACAGAGUUACAGUUUCUCACUAGUCCAUCCAUUCCAAUAAAAUCUGAACCUCUGGGAAUGAACUCCAUGGGAAAUAUUGUUAAUUCAAAAAUAAUGGUUACUAUUCCUGUUGAUGCUGUAGCUUUAUCUGAAAAUAUAUUACAACCAGAAAUGAAUCAACAAGCAUUAUCAUUAAUAACAACUUCCACCACACCUAGUGUAACCAGUCAAGUUCCCAUAACCCCACUGUCUCAACAAAUGCAAAGUCGAUUCAAAGUUGUGAAGUUAGUAAGUAAUGAGCCCUUUAAACGAGGACGUUGGACUUGUACUGACUUUAAUGAUCCACCAACAGUACAGCAUGAUGAGACCAAGUAUGAAAUGUCUACUGAACAAAACAAUAGUACAGUAAUAUCUAGUUCUAGUGGCUUAACAAAUGCUUUAAUUAGUGAACAUGGAAUUGAUUAUUUUAGUAACUCUUCCCAUUUUUAUGUAAGCCAGACCUAUCCACCACUGCCUACUGAAGAUCUACCUGCAACUGUAAGUGGCCACGAAGACUCUCGGCCAGUAUACAGAAUUAUUCUUCCAGUUGGUGAUGCACCACAAAUGUCUUCAGUGAGUGUGAUUCCAUCUCAUGGAGUCCAGACAGUGCAUACUGUAGAAGGUGAUUACUCUCAAACCAACUCUUUCCCAGAUCACCUACAGCAGAUUCAAGCAGUUCCUAUGUCUGAACCACUACAGUCUGUCUCUCAAGAGCCUGUCCUAUCUCAGUCUACCAAGAAUCUUUCAGACAUUGUAUGUAGUAUACUGACAAAAGAGCUUUCACAAAUUCAGCAAUCAGAUGUUUCUGAAUCUACUGAGCAGACAAUAACAAUGCAAUUACAGCAGCAGGAGUCCAGAAACACUAUUGAAGUUCCUUCAAACUCUCAAAAUGUUAAUUCCCCAGAUCUACACUCAGGGUAUGCAGCUACUAAUCAAACCCCAGUGUGUCAUAAUACUGACAGACCUGGAAAAGUCUUCACUGCAACUGCACCUCUUCUUGAAGUUUUACCAAAAACCCUUGGAGUAAAGUCUGUUGUUGAAGAAGAAGAAGAAAAAGAAAGUACCCUUUCAGGCUCCAGUUCUGUGGCCAUAGACAAUAAGAUUGAGCAAGCCAUGGACCUGGUUAAGAGUCACCUUAUGUUUGCUGUUCGAGAAGAAGUAGAGGUCUUGAAGGAAAAAAUCUCGGAACUAAUGGAUAAAAUCUCACAAUUGGAAUAUGAAAAUGAAAUUCUGAAGGCUUAUGCCUCUGAGGAAACACUCACCAAAAUUUCCAUGGGAGGCUUUCAGUCAGCUUCAGAAGCUCAGUUAACAAUCUCAGCUCAACUACCCUCUCACUCACAGCAUCCCAUGUAACAGUUAAUAGUGUAAUAGAAUGUAUAGAAAAAAAAGAGUUUUAGUUUUAAGAGUGAUCUUUAGAUGUCUCACUAACUAUUGUGUAAUGUAACUGAUGAUUUAAAGAAAUGGAAUAGCUGACAUGGAUGCUUGUGCCUGAUAAAAAAAAAAAUCUAACAAUAAUGAUUUCAUGAACAUAUUAAGUUGUUUCUGAUUAUUUCAGAAAAUAUUUUUUAAAAUAGUUUAUUUGUUAGAAAUAUAGUUGCUCAUCAAAGCUUGAUAAAUAAUUCCUCAAACCUUAAAAAGUUUUAGUUCUAAUGGUAACAUAAGUUUUGAAGACCACUUGACAGAAACUUUUUUCAUCUCUAUUUUGAUUUAACACAGGAUCUAUCCUUCAUCCAGAGGUGCCUUGGUGGCAGGGAUGAGAUGUAACAUAUUUGGUAUUUGUCCAAUUUUUUUGAAGCUUAGAUGUUUCCAAAUCAAACAAAAAUUGACCAAGUUGUAACUAGUUGCAUCAUAAGCAGAAACCCCAUAGUUAAUGACAGUUUUCUAUUUUGCCCAUCAUUGCAUUAGUUUUUCAGACCAGAGCCCAACAGAUUUUUAGCAGAUAGCUCCAAACCCCACUGAUCAUGGUUGGAACUUUGCUACUCUUCAGCAUGUUAUCAUUAAUCACCAUUAUUCCCACUAUUGUCUGCAUAUGCAUGGUUUCAAAAUGUUCAACUUGCAACCUGUGUAGCCACUGUGUAUGCAAUUAUGAUGGACUUUUUGACAGCCUUUGUUGAGGCAAAUCCAUCUAUCAAGGCGAAAAAUGUUAUGUCGGCACUCAAAAAUAGAUUUAGUGCUGACAAGGACAGUAAAUCAAGAAGAUCAAGAACAAAGUGUCAAAACUCAAACAGACAAUGAAGAAAGGUUGCAUAGUUUGACUUGAGAGUAAAAAAAAGAUACAAUCAAUUAGCAUGUGUGACUGUUGCUGGUAAGGUGAUGUGUCCACUUGCAAACCCCAUCGAUUUUGACUGUUCAUAUCUCCCGACUGAAAUAUGUUACCAUCAUAUGGAUUGCAUAUUUCGAUACAACAGGUUCUGGCCUAUCCAACAGUAUAUGCAACAUCUCCAAGACACAAUUAACUGAAUUUUUUGUUCCUUGACCCACCACCCAAAAACACUAUUUUGCCUCUGCUUAAGGGAGAGAUCCUUUAUUAAGUUGUUACUUACUUUCCAAAUCUGCAAUAAUUUUUUAAUUUUAUGAGGUAUUUAUUAUAUUCUAAUAACCUAACAGAGGCAUGAUAUUACUGGAACAGUUUUAAUACACAGUUUUUAUCAUACUUAAAUGUCUAAACUUGAAAAUUAUUUUAAAUUGUACAGUUAUUAUUAAAAGUAAGUCAUCUUUUUUCCAAAUUCUGUCAGUUUUUGUGUUACAAAUAAAACACAAAAACAAAUUGAAAAUUUUUUGCAUUAAGGUUUCUUUACGUUAUAAAAGUCAAGAUGGGGUUAUUUGGUUUUUGGCUGGUCAUGGGCCCUAGCAGCUUAGUGAGUAACAAUGGCCUUGGAACAGUGGUGUGAGCCAAAGGUCCCAGUUUUAAGCCUUGAUCAGGGCAGAUUCUGUAACACCCUGGUUCUUUAUUUUGACACCCAAUAUGUAGUCAUACCAACCUGAGAUGGUGGAUCAAACCAGUUUUGUAGAUGCUUAAAUCAGUGGUUUGCUUGGUAAACUGUGUAUGUGUGUGAUUGUUUAGUUGGUUGAAGAAUAAAACCUAAUUGUGUUCUAUGUUGACAUUUUGUGUUGUUUGUUGUCAAGCUUGAGAAUGUCAAGUAGCAUUAUGUUUCAUGUUGUAGACUCAUGGGCAUUUAUUUCUUUGAGUGGGAGGAUUAUGUGCUAAACAGGAUGAGAAUAAUUUAAAAUUCAAUUAGCUAAACUGUGAGUAAAAGUUCAGUAGCUGUUUGCUGAUUGUUUAAUCUAGGCUUCAUCUGAAGGAUUAAAAGCAUGCCAAACAGUGCUUGAACUGUCCUAGAAUAUAAUGUGGUCCCAAUCUUCAGUAUGUUCAAAGUAAUCAGUAAAGCCAAAAAAGGAGACUAUACUACAGGUGAAGUAAACAUUUCUAAUCCUUCAGAUGAAGCCUAGAUUAAACAUUCAGCAAAUAGCUACUGACCUUUUACUCAAAGUUUAGGUAAUUGAACUUUAUUUAAACUUUCACACUCAACUGUAUAAUUGAGAGUUAUUUAUUUGGACCUUGAGCUCUAAUAGCCCAGUUGAUAAAGCAUAAUUGUUUAGAAACUAUUGUUUAUAUUGUGUUCAAACCUAGGUCAUAGCAAAUUCAUUAGCUUUCUCUUAUAUUGGCUUAAUAUGGGGGCCAUCUCACUCUCUGAGGGCCAUCUGAGCUUGGUAGAUGGUAAAUCAAACCAUAUAUUUGCAUACUUGGCUUGUCAGUUGACCUAUAUAUAGCGGGAUUGUGUAGUUGGCUUGUGAGUAUCUGGAAUGUGUGUGUUUGUUGACAGCUUGGAGAUGCUAUGAAGACAAUAUAUAUUGUGCAUUAGUAAUUUGCUUGUUGGGAGCUUGAAGAUGCUGGGUUAUGUUGGGUUUAAUAUUGUUAACUCAGGAACAAAUCUUGUUAGAGUGUAUACAUAUAUAUAUGGGUGGUUAUAUAAUGAUAAAGAUGGAGUUUAACUGCUUUUUAAUUAAAUCCUAGAAGCUCAUUUGGUAGAGCAUCAGCUUCACGGCAUUAGGGGGCUGUUCCACCUGUGCUGAGAACAGUUGAGUCAUGUAGUAGAAGGUAGAUUAACUCAUUUAUGUACAUUCUUGGUUCAGCCAUUGUCUUGGUUUAAUAUAUGAUUGUAUAGUAGACAGAAAUAUCAUUGCAUCCACUAAUAGAAACUUUAGCAAACAUUAGCCCUGAUUUUACUAGUUAGCUGAGUUUCAAAGCUGGUUUUCUGCUGGCCAAUGUGAUGUAAAUGUAGUGAGACACAUAAUAUAAACAAAAAGACAUUGAUUAUUAAUAUGUAGGUUUUCAAACCAUAUUAUUACUUUACCUUCUGAUAACAAGACAGUGAACAUUUUCUGUCUUUUAAAAUCUACUUGAUUUAUGGAUGAUCUUUUGUGCUAUGUUUUCAUCAAGGGUGAACCUUAAUAUGCAUUGCAGAAAUUAGUUUAUUGCAAAAUUUUGUGAUGCAAAUAUAUGCAGUGACAGUGUGUGUAUUAUAAAACCUGUAGUUACUAUACAAUUAUAAGGAAUACGCUUAAUUAAAACAUUUAUCAGAGGUGAUAGUGAUAUCAAGAGAGUUGCAUAUACAUAUAUGUGAAUAAUGUACUUUUACAAUAUAUAUAUAUAUAUAUAUGUCACAGCUUUGCCAUUAUAAAGUUAUUAUUCACAUCAACACUUGUGUAACUACUAACAUAACCAAGCAAUGUAUUUCUGUAUUUUGGCAAGCUGAAAAUAAUACAUUCUUUUAUUAACAAAAAUAAAAUAAUUUUAGUUUAUCCCAAUGGUGUUAAGAAAAUAGCAAAUAUAAGAUGCUUCCCUGAACCUGAUACAUACACAUUUUGAAACAAUAUCUGCACGUGAAAUCACUGUUAGACUUUCACUGACAAUAUCAACUCUUUUAUGUGAGGUACUGAAAUGCCAGAUGAUCUGUCAGAUCACUGGCUCAUUUAGAGAACUGACUCUUUGAAAAUUACACAUUUUUCUGCAUCAUUCACUAAAAAUACCAGAAUUUUGAUAACUUCACCUAUUCUACCAUCCUGGAGUAGACCAACAUGAUCAUUGGAUUUUAUUGCUCUGGUGUAAUCACUUGUUGGUAUAUUGCAAAGUGCUUGUAAGUGAUAAAAGACUGUGGUAUGAAACUAUUAUAAGCAGCAGAGACAGCAUAACUGUUUACAACAUGUGUCUUUUAGCUCUGAAUAACCCCUUAGUCUCUUGACAAAUUCUAAAGCUCUAAAUCUAAUAUGGUAAAUUUUUCCAGCUGAUGGAAGUGCCUUAUUAAUAAAACAAUUAUUGAGUAUUUGAAAAGAAACAACUUUUGAAGUUUUUACUAACUUGACUAUCUUUCCACUGUCCAUUUCCAAAGAAAAUGAAAAGUGUCAUCAUAAAGGUUCACGGUACCUGACAUUUUCUGCAAUAUGAGUGAGCUUAUGUAUUGAAAGUUGUAUUAUGGACUCUAUACAUGACCUGCAGUGCUACUAAUUAUUCAGGCAAAAUUUAUCAGCUGAAUUCAGAUCUUCUUAGUAAAUGUCAUUUCCCAGAACUGUGUGGAUAGCCUGCAUUAAAAGUGCCAUAUGCUUAAAAUUCGUGUUGGGUAAACUCCCACUUAAACAAGGUAUACUGUGGAAUAAAAGUCAAGCCUUCCAUUCAGAGGCUUUCCAAACAUUUGUCUUUGUUAAAAUUCUGGGUUGUCUUGUGAUCAACUGACUUGUGAUGCAACUACGUAGUACUACUAUUCUCCGACAUCCCAAAGCCAUAAUGGUCACUUGUGGAAUAACACUUAACAAUAUGCAGUGCAUGAGGUCAGUCACAAAUCCAUUUAAGAUCUUAAAAUGGAUAGAUAAACUAGAGGAGAUAGUCCCUUAACAGUUCUUACACAAUACCCUUUCCCUUUAGCCUGUUACAUAUUAUGAAGCAUCUGUCUUUUUGUUAUCUGUAUAUUUCAUGGUUCAUUGAAGAAUUAACAUACCUGUUAAUUAUAAUACCAGAAUGAUAGCAAAAACUGCAGCCAUUUUUAUAUAUAUAAUAACUAUUAAACUGAUUACAGUUCUACAUAAUAGUCUUGGAGUGGCAGCAAUGCAGUAACAUAUGCCAAAAACUUUACUAUUUAUGAUCAUGAAGCUUCUUUUUACAAAUUGUUUCUAAUUCUUUGGCUUGCUCCACAAUUCUGUCCAAAAAUAUUCAUCUGUGAUUCUCCCUUACCAAAAUCACACUUGUUUUGUUUUGUUAGCAGUAGCUCAUUCUAAGCAAGCUGAAUAGAAUACAGAGAAUAAUCAGAAGACUUAAAUACUGGACAUAAAUCACUAUUAAAAGCAUUGGUUAUUUGUAUCAGUGAGUACAUUCUAUGGUUGGCUAAAUUCUGAAUAUGAUACACCAUCAUAUACAUCACUUUAGUGUUUUUUAUAUUUUUUGACUCUAGUAAACCUGUAAGACAAUAUUCUUGAAAUAUCAGGGGCAUGUAGUGACACUGCAUUUGAGAAGAAACUGGAAGUGUCAUAAAUGGCUAGUUUCUUGGAAAAUUUUUAUGUUAAAAAUCUUGCCAUACUAUGAAAAAGAAAAUAUUGUUUAUAUGGAGAGUCAAGCUGCUUACAACUGCCAACAUUAGUCCGACACAAACUGCAUAAAAAGUGAAAAAUUAACUUCUGGAUAUUUGUUAUUAAAAACUUGUAAAACAUGUAUUUUGUUCUUGACAAAAUUGCUUUCCCAAAUAGCUCAUUGAUUACCUGUAACAAAUCAAUUAAUGCCACAACAGGUAAACUGUCUCAAUGCAUAAUUCACUAUAAUUAACAGGGCAUCUGCUUUUGUUGUGUUUACAGAAUUACUCAGAGAGUUAUAUAAAUGUAUACAGUAUGACAAUACUGACAAAGGAUCAAUGUAAAGUGUCAUUUUCAUUUGAAAGAAAAAAUCACUCUCACUGAAAUAAAAAAUGUCUUCGAUGUCAGAUAAACUUUCAGUUGAGAUGUCAUUGUCAUCAUGCUUCUCCUGUGCAUUUUUUCUUAUUUUUCACCAUCAUAUAUAGUAACUCUUUCAGAUUACUAAAAAAGAAACAAAAAAUACUUUAGAAAAGCAGGCCUUAUUGUUUAAGGUCAUGGUAAAUUAUUUAUCUGGUACAGUACACAUGCUCUAAUUCAAAUAUAAAUAUGUAGCAUUGUUCACACAGUAGUCGCUGAAUGCAUGUCACCCUAACCAUUUUCAAAAAUUAAAUACAGAUAAAUGUGUAUUGACAACAUACUCCACCCACUACACCUAAAAAAACUUGUUAAACUUACUCUGUUAUAUGAGUAGUAAAAGAAAAAUGUUACAGUAAAAAUCAUCAGAUUACCUUAAUUUUAUUUAAAUCCAAACUGGCUCAAUGUACAGAUAAGAAAGUCUUGCAAAUAAAAGAGAAAAAACAGCUUAUUGAAAAAAAGAUUAUUAAAUGUACCUCGACUUCUCACAAUUUUUCUUCCUAUUACUUCAAAUUGGAAGUGAGCUUAAAAUUCUCUGUUAUCUAGCUAAAUUGCAGAAUAUAAAUGUAGGUCCUCAUUUCCAUAACAGUUAGGAGCUAGGUUACUUUUAUUGUCUUACCAUUUUGUUACUAGAUGAGUUAAUAUCAGAUGUUCUUUGAUCAGGUAUGGCAUCCAUUUCUUGUGUUGAUUUAACAGAAAAUCUCGCUUGAAAGCAUUUUGCAAUGCUGAUAUCACUAAUAGUAAUACUGCCACUGUCAAUAUUCUCUGAAAAACUGGAAUCAAAUUCACUGUAUUGUCAUUUAUUAUUCCUUAAAAAUUGGGUUGUGCGAGAGAGUUUAAAAACUUAUGUUCCAAGUACAUGUUUUAUAGCUUCUUUUUGGAAUCUUAAAUUAAUGGAUUUUGACUUGUGCUGUCAUUGAUCCUGCAAAAGAUUAAACUUCUAUCACUAUGUGUCAGUUAGGAUGGUUAAUUAACGGUUCGUCACUUCACACUGGUGUGAAAAAAGUUGAAUUAUAAGAAACCUAGUAUGUUUUGUGUUUCAUGUUGUAGACCCUGUUUGAAUGGGAUUGUUACUUAAAAGUCAAAAUUCUCAUUAUUUAACUUAUAAUAGCUCAGUUGGUUGAGUAUACGCCUCAGAUCAUUAGUGCAAGCCAAGGGUCCCAAGUUAAAGCCACGAUCAGAGUAGGUUUCGUAACAUUCUGAUUCAUUAUAUUAUACAUGUAUGUAUAUUUUAAUUUUUUAUAUACUUGAAAUAAUUGAAAAAUAUCUCGGUUUAUUCUGAGUUUUAGUAUGAUAUGUAUGUAGAUAAAUAAAACAAAAUUUUAAACAGGUCUGGAACAUUGCUACAAAUAAUUAAAAUUAAGAUGAUAAUUUUUAUUUGUUUGUGUGUUUUCAGCUAUAAAGUGAGUUUGGGACCAGUGUGAAGCAUUACUAUUGCUUAAAGACAUAAAUUUAAUCAUUUAUAAAAUUUAAUAAGCUUCUUUUUAAUUCAUUAAUUACUUCUUCAAAUUGUAAGGUGUAUGAUCAGAUCAUAACUAUAUUGUUUUGUGACUUUGUUCAUUGAGAACAAUAAAUUUUGUAAAUCAUUACGUCUUUACUAUCAUUAACACUAGAUUGAAACUCCAUGACAAGGCAUUUAUGAAACGUAAGAACACAAAAUUUCAAUAAUUGAAAAUUAGUACAGUAAUAUUAAGCACCUGUUAGGAAAGUGAAUAACUAUGACAUAACUUAUAUUAAUAGAUUGAACAAAAAAAUUAUUUGAACUGAACCAUUCCUGAAUAUAUUUGUUCUUUAAAUGUGAAGUGAAUUUAUGUAUUUUUGUUCCGUCUUUCAAUUAAUUAGUUGCUCGAGAUCCAGGUUGUGCAUACAUGUUAAAUAUUCUGUGAUAGAUAUUGUUUUAAGUCCAGCAUAUAUGUGAUCAACAAAAGAUACACAUAUUUAAAAAAAAAAUAAAAGAUGAUACUUAAAAGUAAGAGAAAUGUAUACUUGGUUUCAAAUUUUUAGGCUAAAUAAUAAUUUUGUAAAUUUUUUCAGCUUAUUGUUAUAUUAGUAAAAAUUGCUGAAAAUUACAAUUAUAAUGAAAAAUACAUGUAAUUCAUUAAGACAAUAAUUUUGUAUCCAGUAACCCGUUAAUCACAUAUUAAGGUAUAAUGCCGAAACAUUAUAGAAUGGUACUUAAAAACUUAAAAUGAGCUUAAAUAAUAGAUAUAUAAAGUUAACAUUAUAUUUCUGAUAGUUAGACCCAGUUGCUUCUCAUAGUCAACAAUGGAAGCAUCCACAUUAUGUAGAUUACUUGAAUGUCUAAGCAUACAUGUGGUCAGUCCAGGUUCUCUGGAUUGUGUAUAAAACACCCAAUGAGAUAUCAAGACUUCUACAUCAUUUGUAGUUCAUUCUUAAUAAUAACACAAAAUUUAGUUUAAGCUGCACUUUAUUUCAUUGUUAAUUGUCUUAAGAUUUUUUUCAUUAUUAUUUAUGUUGGUUAAUUGGUAAGCCAGUGCUAGAUUGUUGCUGUGGUUUUUACAGUAUUUGAAAAUUUUAAAACAGCUUUUCUCGUCAUUGGGUAAUUUGAAGUAGUACUAGUAUAUACAUAUAUCAAUUGUGGGAUGGAGGCCUCCUGUAGCUGCUAUAUUUGGUAAUGAAAAUGUUAUACUUACACUUUUACCUUAACUACUAACAGCCACUGUAUAGACAAAUUAAAAUUUACUGAAACACACAUAAGCUGGCACGCUAUGUCAAGAAAAGAAAUGCUGCUAUAUGUAGAGAAUUCUUAUAAAUUUUGUUUGCAUGAUCAAUCAUCAGUAAAAUGAACAGUAUUCAUCAUUGUGAAAUACUUCUUGGUCAAUAUACCAAUAAGAUGUUGGGGAACACGAAUAUGUGGUCGCCGGUGCUCUUCUGCUCCAUGUAUCUAUCAUUCAGUGAUGGCCUACAUUCUUGGGAUAACAUGAUAGACAGCUGAACAAAACUGCCAAGUUUGUUAAUGUAGCCAACACUCUACAUCACUUAAUUGACUUUAGGUAUCCCCAGUAGUCAAAAAUAUAGUGGUUCAUCUGACAACAUUUAGCCAUCUUGGAAAUUUGACAGCUUGGUUAAUCCACAUAAAUGUCAUUCCAAAGAUGCAGGCCAUCAUUCAUGUGAAUGGGGCCACAAUGAAUAGAUAUAGCUCCACCUGGUGACAAUGUACUUGUGACCAUGUACCUCAUGGUCUUAUUGGUUUAUACCCAAAAAAAUCUUGCUUUUUAAUAAAUAAUAUUCAUUUUAUUGAUGUUCAAACACACCAGAAAUGUAUAGUAACUAUAUAUCAGUUGAUUAAAACUCAUGCAUAUUCAAAUUAGCCAUAGUUUAAAAGGAGCAGGUAUUCCUCAGUUUCUUUACCACUUCUUGUAAGUUUGUAUCCUAGCUAUAGUUUUAAUUAAACUUCAUUAACAACUAUAUCACUUUAUUAAAUUUGACAUUUAGAUAUGUACCUUAACAUAGUUUUACACUUCCAGCUGCAGCUAGUAUUUGAGUUACACAUUCUGUCUGGAUUUGUGUAUCAGAUUUAGUUUUAUUGCUCUGAUGAGUUAUAACAUUAAUUGAUUACUUUUAGACUGGAACCUUAACAACAUUUUGUAAUCUAUUUUUAAAACACUUAUAACAUUUUAUGGGAACACCAAGGCAUAAUAAACUCCCCAUUUAAAGCUGUGAUUGAAAUAUGACAUGUAGCUAACCACCUUAGCUAUUCAGCAGAAUCGGUUCUAGUAACUUGGUUCAAUAAUUAAAAUAUAUUAAGUAGAUUUUGCUCAACUUUUGAAAAAAAGCAAAAUUAAAGUAUAUUAAUUGUCAUAUUUUAAACAUUUUAACUUAUGCUUAAUGUAACUUGUUAAUUUAUGUAAUUUAAGUUAUAGGCAUUUCUGAGAAUGAAGGUAAUAAAAGUAUGUAACCUCUUAUUGUUUAGUUAUAUAACAAAACCUUAAUGCCCAAAUUACUUUUGUCUUUAAUUCAUGUUUUAUUUCUACUAAAACUUUUAAGUGGUCCAUUGUAUAUUAAUUUUUUGAUGUACCCAAAUAAAGGUUCAAUGUUUAAAAAACA